AUGACCACUCAGAGGUCGCGUCACAACCACAUUGUCGCCAAAAUCACCCGACAAAUCGGACCACCCGACUCACCUACGCCACCCUCUCGUCACCCCAAACCGCCCCCACGUAGACCUACACUUCCCUCACGCUGCGACCAGGAAAUCGCCUCACCUCUCUGCCUCCUUGAAGACAAGAGGCACAAUCCAGUGACUGACUUACUUGAGCGUCCACGAACCAGCUCCAGUCGACAGUCGGCUGCCUCCGAUGAGACUUGGCUCACUUCCAGUGUCUCCGUAGCGUCAAGGAACACAGUGGACACAAUGACACCUCUUCCUUGUGCCUCCACUAUAUCACAAUGCAACACCAAUUACGUGCCACACCAGGCCACUGCAUCCACCGAUCCCACGGAGAUUGACAAAUGCACUGAGUUGGAGGCCAUGAAACAAGGCCUGGCACGCAUUCAGGCUGGUCAUGGACGUCCCUCCGACUUCCUACCCGAACACCAGUGUACCAACGUUGAUCCCUACAUAAGACGCACUCUCGACGAGAUUCGUCGCAGCAUCAAUGAGAUCUCCACUGACGCGGCACUGCAACAGGAAGUGCAGCAGUUACGAGAUAGUGUGAAGAGAUUGAGUCUGUGCCAGGCUACUGCAGGCACCACAUCCAACAAGUCGGAGUCGCAACUCGCAGGUCUGCUGCAGGAUAUUCGCCAGAGCCUCCGAGCUGCUCCGUGCGAAGCAGCUCAGUGUGACAUCGCCAGUCGAGAGUGUGGUAUCAUGCAGGUGCUUGAGGAGAUCCGUCAAAGUGUGCACGAACUGCAAGCGGUCGUGGAUGAGGAUAACGUGGAGCCACAACCCGUGGUCGAUACAAUGUGCGAAAACUCCGCUGUCAUGCACGUUCUCGACGAUAUUCGCCAAAGUCUGCACAUUCUGCGGGAAGGCGUGAGCAGUGUGGAACAGGAUAACACCAAUGAAUGUGAGGACGGCGCCAUUAUGGAGGCACUCAAAGAGAUUCGACAGAGUGUCAAUACCCUUGUCCGUGGUAUGGAGGCAGAGAGGGUGGAGGGCGUGGAGGGGGCGGAGGAGGAGCAUGAGGAUGAGAUUCUGGAGGCAUUGACCGAAAUCAGGAACAGUGUGCGAGCACUAGCAGGUGAAGAAGGGGAGGAAGGUGCUGACGACUACAAGGAUGAUGGAGACAAGCGCAAAGGUGAUGCAGCCAUGGAGAUGGCCGUCUGUGCAAUGGUCCAAAGCAUGGAGGAGCUGCAAAAGACGGUGGAGAAGAUAUCGGAGCAACUGUUAGGCAGCAUGAGUGAAAGAAAGUCGCAGUGUGAGAAGAAGGAGAAGGCAAGAAAACGGAAGAAAACGAAAUGUGAAAAGUCGAAGUCGCUCUCGGAUAGCGAGAUAGAUGAAGAUGAUAUUGUCCGAUGCAUCAAAGAGUGCUGCCAAGAUUCUUCUCAGUCUGACUGCAUCUGCGAGAAGAUAAUAAAAUAUCUAGUAAACCAAAAGACUGCGGCCCCGUAUAUAUACUACUUGGUGCCACCGGUCACUCAGCCACCCACCUUCGUUGCCCCUCUCUGUAGGCCGCCACGUCCAAUGCCUCCACCACCAACAAUGCCAUUGGCUUUGCCACCACCUCCAAUGACGAAUUGUCCUCAGAGCUGCGGAGGAUCCGCCCUGCCACAAGCCACUCAACAUCCACAGCAUCCACCAUUCGCUCCCCCAAGCAAUUUGUGUGGAGCAGUGUCAAUGGGUGCACCACGGUUCUGUCCUCCCUUCUCUCCGCCCAUUAGCUGUCCACAGUAUCACUUUGAGCAGCCUCCACCAAUGACAGGCCUCAAUGCCCCACAGCAGCCUGCUCCACAGUCUGUACCAUCGAUAUUCAAUCAGUGCUCGAACUAUGUGCCGCAGUCAGCCUGUCAUCAACCCGAAAUCAAUCCUCCUGCUCCCAGUUUGAGUACUUGCAAUCGGAAUUUCGCAUCACCGCCUCCGCAGCAGCAGCAGCAGCAGCCGCAACCCUCACGCCACUCCUCACUAACAUCAAGACCAAAUUUUGGGCAGGACCAGCCGGUUGUAUUCAAUGCUACUGUCAACGACCAGCCUCUAGCUUUUACGCUUACCUUCGCCGGCACAACUGAUACUUCCACCGGUGCUGGUGCCAAGUCCAACUCUCAUCCAAACUUCUCAAAUCGUACAUUUUUGUGCACACAAGUUGAGCAAUGA